AGGCUCUUCGCCAGGAAGGACAAACUCACUUCAAUAUCUUUAGUUGUCCCAGCACGACCCCCAGGCAUUCGUAAAAUGUUAACACUCGCGGCUCAUUAUCGGGUAGAUUAGAAAGUUUAGGAAAAGCGCUCGAAUAUCCACGACGUGGUUCUGUUUAUCCCUCGAUGAAUCUUGAAUUGUAGGAAAAUAGCUUGUGAGCCGAUGCCGUAUUCAAAGCACGAUUGCUAGUUAAAAGCCGGCCGUGGUUGCUGCAGAGCAGCACCGUCUAUUCAAUCUAAACCUAAAAAGUCAAAUGUUUUCUGGGUUUUUUCUACUCGAAUUAAACUACUGAGCGUGGUCACUUUAUUGUUGAAGGUACGCGUACAGAAAGCGAACAUACUUAGAAGAAAGAAUCACCACGACGAAAAUGCAGACCCAAAAACCGCACUACAAGUCUUACGGUAAGGGCUCGACCUCCGCGAGCGUCCCGCUUACAGCUCCGCCCGGAAUAAAUAAAGGAAUCAGCAAAGGGUCUUCAUCGUCUUCUACUUCUGCCGCAGCGCCAGGGUAUAAUCAUUUACCUCCGUGGGGUGAUCAGGUUUCGGGUGGUGUUCCUCCACCGCCCCCAAUUCUGCCCCCGUCAACUUUGUUUGGCGGAGCAUCAAAUAGUGCCGUGUCAACUAGUGCUAAAACGCCAGCGACAAUAAACCAGGGAAAAAAUAAAGAACCACAAGCGCUGCCCGGAGGACUCGGGGCGUUGUUGUUUCAGCCAAAUUCUGCCACUUCCCCACCGAUUUGGGCAGAUGAAAGCUCUUCGUGGGGGACAACGAAUAUUAACGCAGGUAACCCAGCAUCAGCGUCCACCUAUGCUGCGAUGCACCACCCGCAGCCGAUUUCUGGCGCUGCAACUGCCCAAACGGAGGACUACAAUCCGUUUUUGGGAAAUGCAGCAAUGGGUGGUAGUAAAAACAGUGCUGCUACGACGCCACCACCUUACAGUGGGGGCUUUGUUGGAGCAACGGGACUCAGCCAUCAGCAACCGCUAAGCGGCACCGGGACGCCGGGAAUUGAUCAAAUGAUGGGCUCGUCGGGGCUGAGUUACCAUGACUCGAAUUCGAAGAAAUCAACUUCGCCGUUUCAGCAGGAAGAUCUACAUCCGCCACAGCAUCAGCUUGGGGGAAUCAAUUAUGGCGCAAUGCAGCACGACUACCAAGUCCAAGACACCGCUUACAACCAGCAGAUCAGCAGUGCUCUUGGUCACCAAAACCUGCAGUACCAGCCCUAUGAUGCCCAGAAUCGGCAGAACAGUACUACUACCCCCAUUGUUCCACCCGCUUUACCAGCUCCACUUGGGUCUUCCAUGGUCCCACAACCUCUAGAGCAGCAAAGUACCACCCCGAAAAUGACCGGGUCUCAUCGGUAUAUUCAGGAUAUAAUCGACAAGCAGCGAGGGCAGCGCGGACAAAAUACGUCGAAGCAGAGCACAGCGAGUAGUUACGGGGGAACUUCUUCCACGGCGGUCCAGAACAGCAGUUGGCAGACUGGCAAUUAUCCACACAUGAACUCUAGCUCGACAACGUCCCAUGGGCAAAACUACAAUAAACAAACACCGCACAGCACCAGAGCAGCAACUACUACGUGGGGAGACCGGCACGGAGGUGGUCAUGAGCUCUACGGUGACAGCCGACUGGCCGGUAUAUAUUCUGGCGGAACCAGUACAGGAGCAUUAGGAGAACUGCAAAAUAAUCAGAAGGACCUUCAUGGCUAUACUAGCAGUCACCAGCAAGACAAGGACCACUCCCGUGGCACAGCACAGAUAUUAGCGGGGGGCUUCGGCACCGCAGGCACCUCCACGGGUUUUGGCAGGAGCUCGGUAACGGCAUCCACUUCGCAACCAUCACAACAACGGUACGGAAUUUUAGGUGCUGGUGGAGGUGCGCCAACUACUACAACUUCAGCAAUGGCGCCGGCGCAAAAUGUUGAUCAGUACCAGGUGCAGCAGCCGCACCGCACUGCAGCGUCCGCGUCCUCGCACCAGACGUCGCGACGAGGCGAUGAACUGACGCACUUCAAGGCCCUACCGCACAUCCCUGAACCGAUGAGGACGUCGGGUGCGUAUGCCAGCAAGAAAGCGGAAUUCGACGCAGUGAUUGCGAUGGGGAGAGACCACUGGGAAAACACCAAUUUGUCGACCGGAUACGUUGAGUAUUGGGACGUGAACAUGGCGAAGGAUGAGCUCGUGCAGAAUUGGCACGACGAGUGCAUCGCCCAAUGUGACCACCACGGGUUCACAUGUGUCGUAGAGCGACAGGACUAUUGUGGUCAACCAAAUCGCUUUGUGGCUUUUGCCUUGAAUAAGAACGGUACGCGCCGUUACAAGGUCGGCGUGCUAGAGCAUUUGGCGAACCGCGAUCUGCCAGCCGAACACCAAACGCAUCAUGGAGGAACCGAGAAAAUGAGGUAUGUGAACAGUAACUCGCAAACGAUGGACCCUGCGUUCGGGAUCCUCGUUUGCGUCAACUACCGGUCGAUUUUGGCCCCGCGGAGCAUGAUUGGUGGCUUGUCCGGCCAAGAGAAGAAGACCGGACAGUCCCGGCAAAUCAAGGGAAAGUUUGGCGACGGCCUGAAAGCCGCCGCGCACGUGUUCCAGAGGCUCAAGGAGCAGAGGUCCGGUACGGAGUUGUCCAUGCUGUCCAGCGGUUACCGCUUUGUCUUUGCGAACAAGCCGCCAAAGGUCUGCAAAACGUUUUUCACGCUGCAGUACACCAUCGAGGAAGUGUUACUGAAUGUGAAGCAACACUUUGAACCGAAUGUGUUCCAUAGCACGUUUGCGCAUUCGCAUCCGGGAAUCACCAAGGACCAGCAAGAGCGAAACAAAACCCAGAUGCGCCAGACAACUGCGCCGUUUCUGCGCAAGUACCUGGAGGACGACCUGCAGGUAGACCUGGCCAAGGACACCGUGAUCACCGCCUACCACGUGGAUUUCAAGCCGGACCGCUACCUCUUCUUGCUCGAAAACAGGUACAGGCGACUGCGUCCGCAGCUGAUCCGCGGCGAAGAGAACAGCUACGAAAUCUUAACGGAUCCGGAGUACCAAGGGCGGUUCUACGUGAAAGGAAUGCUCGUGACACCCGACAGCAACAAGCGAUAUGCCUGGUCCACCGCCGCCCGGGCGGAGCGCCAGCAGGGUGGUGGAGACGGGCGAAACACUUUCCGGCGGGACAUGGGAAAGGGUGAGGCGUUCUUCGGCUACAACUUGCUGAACUUCAACAUGGUCUGCCGCGAUCGGUGGGACAGCUUGAAGUAUGAUCAGUACCUCCAGGAGGUGAUUUUUGCCUGGCACGAAAUCCUGAACAAAAUCGAGAAGUUCGGGCGAAGCACGGUCGACGUGGAGAGAGACGUGACGGCACAGCGCAAGGGCUUGUGGAUGUGCAUCAAACUGAAUCCGGACUGCAUGGAGGCCGAGGCAAUGAAGCGCAACGUCCAGAAGGAGGGAGAAAUUCUUCGGACGGAAUUGGAUAAAUUUUUCCGCGCGGAGUAUCCGCAGUCGCAGCCCUGCGCCUGGCACGACUGCGAGCGGGCCCAUUUGAUACAGCGAAUCGGCUUCAAGGUUGAGUACGUACCGGCGGUGAUGAUGGAACUGCUGGCCCAACGACUGAAAGAUUUGAAUCACGAGUGGGAAAAAACGAAGGCGGAGCAGCUGAGCAAGUGCAACGCCGACUACUCCGACCACGGAAUAUUCCUGACGGAUCUUUUGUCGGCUGCCGUCCAAACGUUUUUCCGGAAGAAGUGCGAGAAAGAAGUGAAGUUGUUCAACCAGACGCAGACCUUGGCGCCCUGCGUGGUGCGUGUCGUCCACGGGGGACACCGGUUCGAAAGGGAGGCGUGUUGCGUCAUGGCGCAAGAGGUGACCGUGUUCAACCUGCAGGGCUUCAUGUUUCAGGAAAACAAGCACAUGAACGGGCGGUACCACCUUGACACGGAGCAGCAGGUCGGCGGCCGCCCCACGUUUUGGCACGAACGGAAGACCCACUUCAUCUACCAAGACGACAAAGACGUGUACAUCAACACCAAGGAGCUGUACAAGAAGAUCCACAACUACCGGAACACGAACUGGAAGGCCAAACUGAGCCGAUCCUACUACAUGGGCUAUUACAGCGGUGGUGGCGUUUCUCUUGCAGACGGGGGAACGAUUCCCUGGUGGCAGUGGCAAGAAAGCAGGUGGGAGGAGCAGAGUUUCCGCACGAAGGACGUGAGGCAAGUCAUCAUCAAGCCGCAGCGACCGCCGGAACUGCGGGCCCAUGUCACGCAGGCGUCGCACGUCAUCGUGAAUUCGGGCCACUUCAGUUUGCGCGCCGACUACAAAAACGGACACAAAAACUAUAUCGGAGCAAACGCGGUAGAGGACAAAUUUUUCCAGUAUAGCAUGUUUACCCAGCAACUUGCGAAGACCGUCUGCACCGACUUGAAGCGACAUCGGUGGUCUGUCGACGAAGAAGCGGAGACCUUUUUGACGCAGCAGCUUUUGCAGGCGGUGAUGAGUCACUUCAAAAUCGGCGCCAAGGGAAUUUUGCCGGAAACCUCUGGCACAAGAAAUAUUAAUGCGCCCGGAGCGCCUCAAACCCAUGCUUCUUUGCAGGGGGGGCCCAGCAACACGACCACCACGACGGGAGACGAGGGCUCCACCGGGUUGGUAUCACCCAACAAUUCCGAUGGGACAAGCCCGCUGCUGGACGAGGAAGGGGACGAGAAUAUCGAUGACGUGCUCGGGCAAGUAAACAACCGCGCGACGACCACCGGGGCUGCGGCCACCAGUAGUCCAGACGGUGCCCCCAAAGAAACAUCCGGGCGGCCAUCUCCUGUGGCAGAGAACACGCAGCAAGAAAGUGACCACAUUGCGGCGACAUACGCGACCGCGCCGAAGAUCAUGGCUCAGAAGAAUGCGUGGAAAAUGCUGGAAUCAGACCGUGAAAACGAUUCGGAGACGGAGGUAGAACAUUUGGCAGAUAAGAACAUUGCGCAGACAGGAGCUGGAGCUACAGCUACUUCUGCCGAUCAAACGAAGCAGAGGCAUCUGCAUCGGCCGUCGAGCGUUGUCACCGGUACCACGGAUGACGAGGCUAUCGCAACGGACCUUGCACGCAGGGAAGCAGAGGAGGCACAGAGACUAGAAGACCAGGGAGAUGAAGAACUCGACGACACCCUGUGGGAGGGUGUUAAAUCAAAGAAGUCGUUCAGAAGCAGUGGCUGGUACGGUGAGCAGUCUUCCACUGCUUCUCAGUGGGACAACGCUAGUUCUUCUGAAGUAAAUCGUAAUCAAUGGGGCAAGAAGCCACUUGGUGCGGCGGGAACCGGAGGUGGAACCAGUCACGGAUGGUCUGCGUCGUCCUCGGCCGGGUACAGCCGUGGUCUUCACGGGGCGGCGAGCAAGCGCAACAGCAAAACGAACUCCGCCACAGGGAGCAGAUUCUCGCAACUGCGCAGCGCAAACGACUAUUGGGAAGACGAUGACGAGGAAGAGGAGGAAGACGAGCAGUACGACUCUACGGCGAACCAUACAGGCACAAAACACAAAAAUUACAACGCAGAGCAGGCUUACAAAGGGCCUGCGUCGGGUCAAAGUGGUCACAGCACUUCGUCUAGUACAAGUCAGUGGCAGAAUAGUAACGGCGCCCCAGCCAGUAGCGGCGCUACUGGGAAACAAACUGGAGCACCAUCUUCUUCUUCCACUGCCCACAAAUUAAAAUCCUCCGCCGAUGCAGCUGCAACUGCGCCCGCAGCCGCGCCAAACUCUUCAAGCUCAACCCGAAACAACUCCUCUGCUUCGGCUGUGAGCUCGUCCACCGGAUCAGUAAUACGGGCUCCGAACCUAUCGCGCUGAAAAAAACUAUCACUAUCACAAACGCACCGAUUUUCGACCCAAAAAUGUCACUUUUUUUGCAAAAAAACAUCAUUAUUUUUUCAUUUUUUUUCUCGCCGGGAUGGUAAGACCUGAGCAGUAUUUUGAUAGAUUUGGAAUGAGGAAUGUGAAAAGGUAACUAGUGGUCGCUUGUGAUGAUUUAGCUAGCUAACAGGAGAGAUCUGGCAAGAUGUUUGCUGCAGGUUGAGCACGUUCUGGACACCACUCCACCGCCGGCAAGCUGCUCCUCGGCCCCACCUGGGGCCGAGGGCGUGAAUCACGACGGACUGCACUGCGGAUACCCUGGAGGCCGUUAUCUCUGGCGGACGUCUCUCCUGUUAGCUAUAACAAUCAUCACAAGCGACCACUAGCUAGCUAACUAUAUCAUUCAUUAACCACAACAACAAUAUACCAGGUACAAGGAUCGAGCCCCAAUGCGCCGCAAAAAAAUCAAAAAAAAAUCAAUUUUUGCCGAAAAAUGGCUUUUUGUGAUAGUGAUAGUUUUUUUCAGCCGGAUAGAACCAGAACCAGACAAGUAUGGGAUCAUCUUUCACCGCGGCUUCACAACGAGAAGCUACAGAAGAUUCUCAGCAACAAGCGACAUCUGCGCCUUUUCCAGAGGAGCUUGAAACGAGCAACAGAGCCGCCCGGGCCAAUUUCAAACAAAGUAUUGACUUCACAACCACAUUUUUUUGUACCAAGUUGGCACAGGCGGGAGCGAUCACCCCGACGGGUAGCAGCCGCAAGAGUGGUGCAAGCCCCGGCGACAUUGGGAAGAGUCUCGCCUCGCAACUCUCGAAGAGGUCAAUUAAACGAAUCGAAAGCGCGACGCUGUUUGCGGCGGAGCGGCAAGUCCGGCUGGAGGUGAACGCGCUCGUGUACGGUCAUGUCGACAGGGGUUUGGUAUAAUUGUCUUGUGAACUACUUCUGCUUUGUAAUACAAAGUUUGUAUGUUGAUGAUAUCCGACGUAUUUGCCCGCCCCUGGUGGGAAGGGAAGUCGUGACAGGGGCCUUGUGCCCAGAUGCGCUACUAGAAGUAGACGCAUCGAAUCGCGCAAACUAAGCGGCAAUACGCCGCUGCUCCUGGCGAGUGAAGAAGGGCGGCGCCCGCAAUCCUGCGCGCGAUCCCCCUACCCCUGGCGGGUGUUCUCUUCUUGAAGAAGAGCCCCGCUCUGGAAGCGGGCGAGCCUUGCAGGCUCCUGGUGAGCAGGCGAGGCGCCUCGCCGUCUCUUUUGGGUGAGAUGGUGGUGGGGCUUCGGCCGGCUUAACCUGAACAGCCUAGCGCCACACCCUGCCCGACCACUCCGAGGAAGGCCCUCGGGUGUGUUGCCGCGUCGUGUGCAAAGAGGCCCGGCAUGGUGUGCCCCUCUCGGCCUUCGGCCGAAUUAGUGGGCACGCUCGCACCGCCGUAAGCCCUAGCGCCCUACGCCGCGCGCAGCAGCUUGCGGCACUUCCCGGGGAUGGAAGGAAGCGGUGGGGCCUGCGCUAUUCGGGAAAGCAUUGGCGGGCACCCCCAGCCCCCUGGCGGGGCCGGCGCCGCUCUUCUUGACGAAGGGCGCACAGCAGGGCUCUGCGCCCCUUGCGGUUGCGCCGUUGGCGGGCAAACUGCACCCGCGCGCCGCCCAUGGCGGAGAAGGGCCGCGCCCUUCCCGCACAGAUAGUGUCCGGCCUAAAGUCAGACGACAAUUAAAGGACGCGCCCAGGUAGCGCGAAUUGGGAUCCUUUCGCCGUAGUAUAAUCAAUCUGUGUUGCCCACCUGGUGUGCGCCCUCUGAUUGGUGCUACUAUACGGAACGAGUGCAAGAGCCGGUCUGCCAAGGCCACAAACCUCCAGCGCGCUGUUCUCCUCCAGCUCUCGCCACUUGAUGUGGUGACUGCGUAGGAGGGUUACGUUUCGCCGGGCCUCCACAGCCUCGCUGUCCGGCGGGUUGUUGCAAGUAUAGCAGGGCUAAAGAGCGGGCGCCGCGUCUGUUUGAAACAAGAGCGGAUCAAAUACAAUACAAUAUCCGACGUAUUUUUCCAUAUAAGAGAUAGAAAGACAUAGAAAUAAGAUCAUCUUCACAACUACAUCACCCGUCAAAUAGUAGCUCGGUCCAGCAGGAAAUUAUGCUUGUUGAACAUUGUAUCAAAAUCUUCAUCAGGCCUACCUUGGCGACGCCGUUCUUGACACAGGGCUGGCUCUGUGUGCCGAGAAGCACAAAACGCCUCCGCGGGAGACGGAUGAAGUCCGCCGGACGCUGUUCUGCAUGGACAAUCUAGGCUCCGGGGACAAGUUGAAAUGCGAACAGAAGGAAGAGGAGAUUGGAAAAUGCUUCACCGUGCGGGACCGAGAUGCCUACAAAAAGGCCAACCUGGUCUUCAACAACCGAGUCGCGCAACUGGACACGAACUGGGUCGACGACCUAUUGCAUGUUUUCGAGUCCAUUUUCGGUCACGUUAGAAUUCCGAAUCCGUACAAUAAGUUUACGAGAAAUGGAGCAGUCGUGGAAGAAGAGAAGAUAUUCCCUUUAAUCAAGUACGCGCUUACCCGGCAGCCGGAAAACGAAAAGGAGAAGAAGGCUGGUGCUAGUACAUCUGGAGCAGGAGGUGCCGCGUCGAAGGCUAAUACUUCGAGUUCCUUAUAUUCAUUGAAUAAGAAAAGUAGUGCCUCUGGUAAAAAAUUCAACGCCAAAAGCCUGACAUCUGCCUCUUCGGCCGCGGCGCGUGAAGGUGACAAUAGUCCAGGCGGGGCGUCGUCGCGCAACGGUCAUGACGGUGCGGCAUCAGAAGAUGAGCUCGACGAAGACGAAGACUUUGUCUUUGGGAGCGAUCUGCGGAAAAUGUUUGCGCAGUCACUGGACGCACAGAAGGUGGUACAGAAAAGUGCGGCUGCAGGCGGGAGUGGUGAAGACGCAAAUAAUACUGUGAACAUGAAAAAUCAAAAUGCCACCGAUUCAACUACAACUCGACCAGUUCCUCGGUCACAACCAAAAGCGCCCACCGUUAUUGCGACUUCCUCUUCUUCCUCGUCUACUUCUACAGGAAACCAACAAGAAAGCAAACAAGUUGUGCCGUUAAUGAAUGCCCAUCCGCUUGCGAUUGGUGGCAGCAUAGUUAGAGACAUUGAAGAUCUGGACGUAAAUAAAACCGCCGGUGCUCCUGCUGGUGCUGCGGCUAUCUCCAGGUCGAGUUACAACGCUAGCAACCACGAAAGUGCCCCCAGUUCUAGCUACACUUCGAACUACGCGACGAACCAAGAAGAUCAAACUUCCUUCGCGCCCUCCUCGCCCGGCGCCUCAUCUCCAAUCAAUUACACCGGGGACAUAGCAAUGCUGACGAAGAAGCAACGACAUGCGCUGAAUAAAAGGAAAAAGCGGGAGCAGGAAGAACUGGAUUUGCAAGCGAUUGAAGACGCAAGAGCGGAGAAGCAGAAAAUCGAGAAAAAAAUCGUUGACCAAACCGCGUCUCUCGUGUACAAAGUGGUAGACCAGAAAUACAAGCUGUCGCAGAACGAAAAGGAAACGAACAGGGACCACUUCGCGUUCGCACUCCGGAACGACCCCACGACCAGGUACGACCCGAAGAAGACACUGGAAGAGGACGGAGGCAGGCUUUCCUUUCGCAAUUGGUUCCUCGAGCGCUUUUUGCCCAAAGCGUUUCCGCAGGAUUUCAAGAUGAACACGAACAAAGUCCGGAUUGUCACAAAAAGACCGGAAGAGAACACGCGGGGCAACUAUCUGGACGUGGAUCCAGAUUCGUGUCUGUGGCAGUUUCUGUUGAAAGAGGGAAGGGAAAAACUCCUAGAAGCAGGAGGGCUCGGCGGGGGUGACAGAAGCUUGACGUUUGCUCAGGGUGAGGCGAUUUGGGGAAGGCUUUAUCGAGGAGUGAAGCAAGACUUCGACCUGAUAUCCUGAGGAAGAACGAUGCGUAGAACGUAAAAAUUUUUCAAAGUAGAUGAUCUUUCGCCGACGUGGCACGCGACGCCACACGCUGAAAAUACUACAACGACACGAGGGAAUAGUCAACAUUGACGCUCUCACAAACGACACAAUCAAUUUGCAACCUGCUCUGUGAGCAAUGUAGUCUUUGUCUUACCAUAUAAUGAAAACCCGCAGAGGUUUUGUCUUCAUCUUCUUGAAUAAACCAGAAC